AUGAGUGUCGUCACCACAGUUCCAUCCGGAACAUCGCGAAUGUCUUCAAAUACAGCCUCAUAUCAACAGUUUACCCCUCCGCACCAUCCUCCAGCGUCGCCUCAGCCGCCUCGUCCUCCACUCAAGAGCCCAACGUUCCCCCUUCUCUACUCGAAUCAGGCUGCCAAUUCGAGCGUCCCGAGCCUCUACUCGCCUGCCACCGUCAGAUAUUCAUACUACCCUUAUAAGCAUGGCAGGAUCUCGCCGCCAGACCAGAAGCCUAUGCAGGUCUUUACCAAUCGUCUCCCAGACGAGGUCUACGAAUGUAUCCUCUCCCAUCUCUGGUCGUUGCAUACCAGCUCUUGCACGGAAGGUUGCUUGACCUGCUACAUGCGGGACCUGUACUCUCUGAGCUUGACAGACAGAGCGUGGGAGAAGGCCGUCAGAGGUAAACUAUAUAACAAAAUUCAUCUUCACGGGAGCGAUUCUCCAGCUCCUCUGAAGAAGUACAAAUGGAAGCGUGGCAGCCGUUUGAGGCUCCUUAGACGAACUUUGCGCGAGAGGAAGGCUCUGGCCAACAUGGUCUUUGAACUCAGAGUGCCAGAGUUGGACGCCCCCCUGAUGACGGGGAAACAGCAUCUUGUUCUACAGGAAUAUCGGGAUUUGGUUGCCUCAGUCGUCAUGGUUUGCCCCAACCUCGAACGCCUGCUAGGACUCUCAAUACCAUAUAACCACGAAUUCGACCGGCUUACCCAUGCGCUAUCGACGAGGAAGAAACUCAAGGAACAUGCCUGGAUAAUUGGCCAAAAUGCAGAUGUGACGGAGCGAGCACAGAAUAAAUCUACCGAAGUGUUGGACCAGGGCCAGGUAUAUCAAUUUCUCAGCUACCACACGUCCUGGGCGAAGCUUGAGUCAAUGGUGCUGCACUCCAUGGAUUCCAAGGGUAUACUGGAACACGGCGUGUUUCUAAGGAUGUUCAACUUCCUGCCUGCCCUACAGCACUUAUCUGUCUCAGGGUUUGAAGCAGAUAACUUCACAGAUCGAACGUUACUCUUUCUCCCAGCAUUAACCUCCCUUCGACUCGAGGGCCUUCAGGGGGUCACGGAGAAUGGACUGGCACGAUAUAUGGGCAGGCCAGAGGCAAGGGGUUUAAAGUCCUUGGCUCUGAUAGAGCAGAACAUUUCGUCUCUUCUUAUUCUAUCGAAAAUUCUCGCUUCUCUAGCAUCACUAGAACGGUUCGCCAUAGUUCAGUCCACCGUCGUUCCAUCUCUCCCAGAGGGCGGAAUGGUAUUCCAGCCACUCCUUGCUUCAGCAUCGCUGAAAUACCUCCACUGGGAUGUCGCCGGACCCAAUGGCGCCGAUGCCCUGAACCAGAUCGAUACUAUGCCAUUUUCCAAGGUUCUGAGUACAGCAAACACGCCCAACUCGCAUCUGGCCCAGAGUAUCUUACACGUCGGUUUCCCGUCCCUUGAACGCCUCCGUGCACCGCUUGAUAUAGAUCCAUUGGGAGCUUUACAGAACGUUUGUCGGCCAUCAAAAAACGGAGUGAUUAUGGUUCCUGCAGAUCGCCACAAUCUUCCCAGGAGUUCUCAUGGGUCUCUUCCCAAACGACCCCUGGCAAUGCCGGCGGGGAAUAACUUAUCAUCAGCGCGUAUACGCUCCCAGGCGCUUAUAGAUAUGGCGGCAAAAGAGAACGACGCAGGCGUCAAAGUCAUCAUCACUGAUCAUUCCGAAGACUUUCUAACACCCGACGUACUUAUACAGCCAGGAUACGUGAGCUCUGAAGCAAUUCUCACACUCAAUAAUGGCAAAACACAGACGCCUGCGCUCAAGAUUCUAGAGUUCCUGAUACCUGCCUGCAUGGGCAGAGUAGGGAUAUCAAAUAAGAGCAAUACAACCGCUUUAACCCCACGAUUUACCCUCAAACCAGAUAUCCCUAAUUCAGAUGCAGACGGCGGUCUAAUAAGCCACAAACACCUCUUCGCUGCAAACCAAACCGCUCUCUUCGCCAAUUGCUCCCCUUCACCCGCCCAUCCCCCCCUCCCUGCCGCACAACACCACUCUAAACGAGUCAAUACAAACUCUAGCUUCAGCGAUGACACAGCUUCUCCUUCGACAGCUACCACAACUACUUCCUCGUCCUCCCGUUUCUCAGUAUGGGGCGGAUCAAAUGGACGUAGUAACCACACCAGCGCCAAAUCCAUUAGCUCCAAUCCCCCUAUGCCGCCCAAAACUCCAACCUCUCCUACCGCCUGGCCCUCCACAGUUGGCAAUGGAGAUCAGCCGUUCUGGGCCCGAGAUACGUGCAAUGGCUCUUGGAACCAGAGCCAUAAAUCUGGCAAGGAGUGGUGGAGUCACGCUGAACGUGAACGCUAUAUCGGAGGUAUUAAGAAAGGCAACACCUCAGCAAUGUUGCUCAGCGUGAAUGAUAUUUUCCGCUGA